GAUGUGUCAUGCAAUAGAUGGAGUCUGCGAUUCAAUCGAAUGUCAACGGCGUGGAGACAUGCGCGAUGGGGACCCAGGACAUCGUCAAGGGUAUCGCAGUUGUCAGCAACGAAGGGAUAUCGGUCGGAGCAAACACCACAGACUGUGCAGUGGUCCUUACGGCAAUUUGUGAGCAGACUGCAGACAUGAUGACGGAUGGUGAGGCCAGUGAGAAUGAUGCAUGGUGUGUUGUUGCAGACGAAAAUGUGGUCAGGAUGUCAGCAGGAACUCUCUUCCCCUAUGACAUCAAUUGGGUGCCUGGUUGUCUUCAACCGGGUAUCGUUGGAGGAGCGUCGUGCUUCGCGUUCAAAGUCAAUGGGGAAUGGGUUCCAUAUCCCGCCCCCAAAGCGACGUCGUGGAGGGGCGUGACUCUGUCAAUCAACUUCGACAGAGUGCUGAGGUUGAACGAUGAGGUGCCGAUGCGUGAUGCCAUGGGGAAUGUAUGGACCACGUGUUAUAUAAACGGCAGCUUCUCAUCUAGGCACCUGAACAGGGAGGUGACUGAAGAGGAGAAGAUGGUGAUGGCUUGUCCCACCCCUGCUGCUCGUUGUUUUUCGCCGCCUCUUCGGAUCCCUGUGGAACUCGAGGUGGCAGAGGGGAAAGUGUUCGCGGGUGACCAUGGGUACACAUACACGCAUGCCAGAGGGGAGGACGCUACUGCUGAUGGAAUAACCACGCUGGUAGGGGACCCAGUCAACCUGAACCCUGACGUUCUGGCUGCCAUAGACAUUGCGGCCCAUGUCAUCCCUGAGGGGCAGUUGCAGCAGCAUGUGGCCCCUCAGAAGUAUGGAUAUCGCAUGGUGGAGCAGUGGCAGUUCCUGGUGGUAGUGACACGUGUCUCCAUUUUCAAUGCAGAUGUGAAGGACCACGUGCUGGUUGUGGAGCAUGCAAAGCGGUGCUGGGAGAAGAUAAGGGAGGAGGACCGUCAGAUGGUGUGCAUGGGUUACGACUCCAUGCCAGACCAGGGGAUGUGGUCCAUGGUUGAGGGGAGUCCUGGUGGGCAAGGGCAGGGCGAUGGCGAGAACAGGUACAUGGCUCACAUCCGCCGCAGGCAUGGUUGCUCCGCCCUUGUUGGUUGGGUCCCGGCCAUAUGUCGCAUGACAUACGAGCAAGGUGGAGAGAUGAUGAUGAGGUUCAGGGACCCGCUUGGUGUGCAGUUUCUGCUGACGUACUCGGAUGGCCUCCUGCUAGACAUUCGGUAUAUGGUGGCCGAGGACACCCGAGGUGGACAUUGGAGGCCGGGACAGACGGAGGAGACGCGCCCGGGACAUCAGGACGGUUUGUCUGCUGAGGUGGAGGGCCCAUGUGGAGGUGAGCGAGUUGCAGGGUGCUCUGCAGCGCAGGGUGACGUGGCCGGGCCCAACAAGACAGCGAUGUCCCACAGCCCGAGGAAGGUGAAGGCGGUUGUGUCGAGGCCGCGGAGAGGGAAGACGGCUGGUGACAAGCAAAAGAAGAACCCCCAGCCUGUGCCACAGACCGGUAACAAUGCAGAUGCGCCUGCACGGGUCCACAGACGCUGCAGACACCCCGGGAUGGCAGCUUUGACAGAGAUCAGGAAGCUGCAACGAUCCACCGACCUUU